GCGGCCGCAGCUGGGGCGCUAUGGCCGACGGCGCCGGCCCCGCAGAGGCGCCCAGUCCGAGGGGCUCCCCGGGCCGGGCGCCCCGGGUCCCGCGCCCGGGCGGCGGCGGCGGCGGGGAGCCCCCGAGGACGCCGGCGCUGGCGCUGCGCUUCGACAAGCCCAUCAAGCAGGCCUUCUACAACACGGGGGCCGUGCUGUUCGUGUGCCUGUGCUGCGGCGCCGCCGUGCUCGUCUACUUCAUCCUGGAGGCCUUCCUGCGGCCGCUGCUCUGGGCCGUGCUGUGCGGCACCUUCCUGCACCCCUUCAAGAGCUCCCUGACGCGCCUGGGCCGCCACUGGCUGCAGCGCCUGCACCGCGCGCACACGCCCAUCGUGCUGGCCGCGCUGCUGCUGCCGCUCUGCUUCGCCGACUACGGCGUCGAGGCCCUGGGCGAGCAGGCGCUGCGCCGCCGCCGCCUGCUGCUGCUGCUGGGCGCCGGCGGCCCGCUCCUCUACGGCCUCUACAGCCUGGGCAGCUACCUGGGCGUGCAGGUGCUGCUGGCCUACGCCGGCGCGCUCAUCUGCCGCGGGCUGGACUACUUCAGCAGCCUGUGGAUCUGGACGUUGGUAGUUGGCUAUGUGUUGACUGUUUCAUUCAAGUGGAAUGCAAGCACUGAACGCUACUUGAGAGCAGUUUCAAUUCCUGUCUGGAUUAUAUUGCUUUUUCAUUUAGCAUCCCUGGCUGGCUCAUGGAGAAUUCCUGUAUUCCUGGUUAUUGUUUUCCUGAUGUCUGUGGGCACCCUCUAUGAGAAACAGAAUGGAAAAGAGUCUUCUGGAGCAGAGUUACCAGGGCAGGUUAUUUCCAUGGCAGCUUCUACCCUAGCAACCUUGGCCAUCUCUAUCACAGGAUAUGAAUCGAGCUCUGAGGACCAGCCCUCCACUGAACCUGCAGAGACCAUGGACAGAGGAGAACCCCCUCCAGCGUUAUCUUCAACUCCUUCACCUUCCUCCCCUUCACCUACCCUGGGCAGGCAAAGGCCUGAAAUGGGAACAUUUGUCAGGAAGAAGAAAACCAGUGACAUCUACUUCGUGUCCCUCGUGUGGGCCAUUAUUGGAGUCCAGCUCUGGUUGAACCUGUGGAUUGUACAGUUGCUGCCAGUGCCUAUUGCAGUCUGGAUCCUCAAAAAGCUUGUUAUUCACUUUGGAGUUGUGGACUUCCUGGAGAAGCGCUGCCUCGUGUGGUGGCAGGCUGUAGAGCACUUCCUCAGGGAGCGGCAGGAGGCUCUCGCACCCUGGCCAGUUGUUGGGCUUGGAAAAUUCUUGUUAAAAGUUGAUAGCAAGCUCUGGCACUGGCUAAAUAAGAAGAUGAUCAUCUGGUUGGAGAAGAUGUUAGACAAAAUAAUAAGCAUUUUCAUCAUAUUUUUGUUAGUGAUAGGAACCCUUCUUUUAGCCCUACUCCUGACUGCAAAGGUACAUCAAGAGAGUGUACACAUGAUUGAAGUCACAAGCAAUUUGAUAAAUGAGACUCUAGCAAAUCACCCUGAGUGGGCAAAUUGGCUUCCUGAGGCUCAAGUAGUCCAAAGAGCCCUCAAUUCUGCAGCUAACAACGUAUACCAGUAUGGAAGAGAAUGGAUAACUCACAAGCUUCAUAAAAUUCUGGGAGAUAAGGUGAACAAUACUGCUAUGAUUGAAAAGCAAGUACUAGAACUUUGGGACAGAUUGUACCAUUCUUGGUUUGUAAAGAACAUAACGCAUUCUGGAAGACACAAAGGACACAAGAUGCAUAUAAAUCGUCAGAAUAGCUGGCUGGGAGACAUUCUGGACUGGCAAGAUAUUGCUUCCUUUGUUCACGAGAACAUUGAGACAUUUCUCUCGAUCUUAGAGUCUCUGUGGAUUGUCAUGAGCCGGAAUGUGAGCCUGCUUUUCACUACUGUCACCACACUCCUAACCAUCCUUUUCUACAGUGGGACCGCCCUUCUCAAUUUCGUGCUGUCUCUGAUAAUUUUCCUGACCACACUAUUUUAUCUAUUAAGUUCCAGUGAUGAGUACUACAAGCCAGUGAAGUGGGUGAUAAGCCUGACACCAUUGUCUCAGCCAGGCCCUUCUUCUAAUAUAAUUGGCCAGUCUGUGGAAGAAGCUAUCAGAGGGGUGUUUGAUGCUUCCCUCAAAAUGGCUGGCUUCUACGGACUGUACACUUGGCUGACUCAUACUAUAUUUGGCAUCAAUAUUGUCUUCAUACCAUCAGCUUUAGCAGCAAUCCUGGGAGCAGUGCCCUUCCUAGGGACAUACUGGGCAGCAGUACCUGCAGUUCUAGACCUGUGGCUUACACAAGGCUUAGGGUGCAAAGCCAUCCUACUGUUGGUUUUUCAUCUCCUGCCAACGUAUUUUGUAGAUACUGCCAUCUAUUCGGAUAUAUCAGGAGGCGGGCAUCCUUACUUGACAGGUUUGGCAGUGGCUGGUGGGGCCUACUACUUGGGCCUGGAAGGAGCAAUCAUUGGACCCAUACUUCUCUGCAUACUUGUGGUCGCUUCCAACAUCUAUAGUGCCAUGCUAAUGAGUCCUACAAAUUCAGUGCCCACGCCAAACCAGACCCCAUGGCCUGCUCAGACUCAGCGGACUUUCCAUGAUAUUUCUGAUGAUCUGAAAUCUUCCGUAGACUGACAUGGUUUGCACCACAGUGAUUUCUGUAGGAGGUUCAGUCUUGAUAGUGAGCCCAGCUCAGCUGUGGCCUUCUGUCCUUUCAUCUGUGCCUAGCAAGCAGAGCCCGGGGAAGAAGCCGAACCCUCCUGGCCUUCCAUACAGAAUACCUGGACAAGAGAGAACUUGCUGUGGGUUGCUUUGCCUUUUAAAGCACAGCUUUAGAGCUCAGAUUUGUGGUUUGCUCACUUACUCGAUGGCUUGAAAAGUUUCAGUUUAUACACUGGUACCAUGGCUUGAGAUUUCCCACUUUGGUUAUCUAUAUCAUUAUAAUAUGUAUUUAUAAAGUUAUUUCAAGAGCCUGAACUACCUGCCGUUAAAAGUAUUCACAGCGUCAUUUUCUCCUGGUUUAAGAAAUCUGUUCUUAAACUUUUCUAUGACCGUCACUUUUUAAUGAAGAGGGUUUUUCAACUUUUGAAUAUGUAGUUGCUGGAGCAGGAAAAGGGAGUCUUCCACCCCUCUCCCCCCAUGCAUGGUCCCCUCCGUAAGUGUAAGGCGGGGUGGCGUAUUUGAAGGUCAGCUAGUUGUGUGUUGCAACCAUAGGAGACACAGAAAAACAAGCUCUUCCUCCCCUUUCUCCUCCUCCCAUCCGCCAUUACUCUAUUGCCAAAUUCCUAAAACUCGGUUGACCACUUUGAAGUAAAAUACUUAUUACGCUGCUGUUAAUGGUAACAGUACAACAGAAUUCAUGUCUGGUUCAGAUUUUCUUUCCAAAGGCCCUGAGUGAAAAAUCUCAGGAGUAGCAGUUCUCUGAGUUGUUAAAUGUAUCCCUGUUUACUUAUUUGGAAUUAUGCCAAUUGGUUACUUAUUAGCAGUAGAAUGUUACAUUCAGGUAGUAUUUUUCCAUCACUUAGCACAGUGCCUUGCACAUAAGACUCUAGAUGAAGGCGUGUUGAAUUAUGACUUGUUAAGUCUCCCAGACAUCACAAUAACCAGCAUAGUGCUUUGCAUCUUACAAAGUCAUUUUGCGCAUAUUAUUUCACAGUCCCUUCCUGGCAGCUUUCAUAUAGCUUUAUAUCAUUUCAUACCACUUCCGUACAGAUGGGAAAACUAAGGUUCAGAAAAGUUUAGUAAGAUUUUUACCUCAAAUCUUUCUGACUCUAUAGCCUGCAAACUCUGCUAUGCUGUAUUAUUUCUUCCACAACUGUAUACAGUUUUCCCAGUAUUUGUCCUAUAGUUAAGGACAGGCUGGGGCCAGAACCCAGCUCUUAGCUUGGUCUCCUUCCCACUGUACAAAACAAUCAUUGGGCGCUUUCUCCAUCCCCAGGGGAAUAGGAGGAGAAAGCGUUCCUUGAAUAUCAAAGACUUCCCUUUCAAAAAUGCCUAAAAGUAAAAAUCAUUUUGUUUUCUAAACCAUCUGACUGAGAAGCAUAGUCAAUGAUAAUUAGCUUAAAUUUAUUCUGAUAUUACUUAAGAAAUUAACUCCGUAUAGGAAAAGAGGCUCCUGUGAGGGUUUUGACUGUUUCUAUAGUAGCCUACGUGCAGAUCUCUUGUUUUUGUUAUCCUUCUACAAUUAUAAUCUGGUAUUAUACCAAGCGUUCCAUUUGACCGCUAAUGGACUCCUUUUUUUCCUUAGUCAGUUGUUCAGUUGUUUGUUCAGUAACACAUUCAUUGAAAGUUGGCCAUCUCUGGUUUCCAUGCCAACCACUGUACAGGGUGCUGUAGGGGAUAGCUCCUAGGAAGGCCCUUUCCCCCCAUGUAAAUCUUAGAUCUUGUGCUUGCUAAAAUUAUGAAUUUUGCAUUAAAAGGGUUAAAAAAGAAAUCAGGUUUGUUUUUGUUAAUUGUAUACUGGUAAGUUUAUAGCUAUAAUUGGCACAUAUCAUAAGAGACAACUAUUAUACAUAGUGAGUUUAGUGUGCAUAUACAAAUUAUGUUCCUCCAAAGUGUUUUUAGCUGUAUAAAGUGAUACAACAAAACAAAACAAAAAAACUUGAGCCUAAUGUAUGACUGUUACUGGUCAUAAUUAUUAGUAUAAAUAUCAGGUUCCUAGGAACUUUGAGCCCUAAGAGAAUGGUUUGGAGCUCCAAAAUUGGCAGUGAUAUAAUAUCACUCGAAAAAUCAGGAGCAGAGGUACCUCCAGAGUGCUACACAGUUUUCAGGAGGCCUGAAUUGCCCUGCCCCAGUGCUCCAGCAGCUGCGUAAGGACUCAGAAGGCCAACCAGCUGGGGGAGGGGUCCUCAAACAGAGAAACAUAUUCCCUUAGAUAGUGAAGAGGUUUUACACAAUUUUCACAGGGCACAGAGAUCACGUGGUAUGAAAAUCAGGGAGUCUCAAGCUCAUGUCUCAAAACAGCGUAUCCCCACAUUCUCAGGAUUUAUCCCAGAAAGAAUACAUUUCCCUAGGGACAGACAGUGCAUUAAUGAAGUAGUGCCAGUAAAAAUGGAUACAGAAAUCCUAUCACACAGUCUUACAUUUUUAUAGCUUUAUUAAAGAUUAGUUUUAAGUUCACAUUCACCAUUUCCGUUGUAAAUCGAAUGGAGGAACGGGAGAAGAUAGAAGUCUCUACACAGACGUGCUCCUCUUUUUUCUGAGAAUAAAGUAUAACGUUUUUAUCAUAAAACCCAUGUCCUAUAAAUCCUUCUUCCAUUCCAAAAUCCCUAUCACAUUCUGUGUUUCUGGAAGUGAUCUGUCGCAGUGCCUGAGAUACACGUCUUACUUCUGUUUAAAUUUGUGAGGACUCCUAACACUCUGUCCUAUUAGAGGUAGUUAGCUUGCAGAAUUUUCCUGUGCCUUGUGAGACUGGUGUAGAUCGACUCUCGACAAGGGGAGGAUUACCCAAGAAGUGUUUCUGGAGGCAUGCUGUAUUUAAACAAACUCAGAGCCUUUGGAAACAGCAGCUUAUUCCAUUUAAAGUGCUGCUAAGGGGCUUGCAGACAAGGUCUCUGGCUAACCUUGGUCUUCAAUACCCAUUGUGACCCUACUCGUACCCCUAGUUCCCACACGGGUUGUAUUUAGUACUUCAGGAUGUAUCACUACUGGGCAAUAAAUACUCAGAAAUUCAGGCCAUGAAGGGUCAGAUUAGAGCAAAAAAAAUUUUAGGUGAGCUAUCCAGGGCUCUCAACUUCAGGGUUUAUAGGAAAAACCCCCUUCAGAACUUCCCAUGCUCUAGUCCCGACUGCCAGUUUCCUCUAGGGGGUCUUCUAAGACUCUAAGAAGAGUAUUACAGUAGGCAUUUCACAUUGGAGAUGGUCCCUGGCAACAAGUGUGAGUUCCAGCUGAGAGCAAGUACUUUUUUUUUCUUUAAUUUUUGUUCUUACACAUUUGCCAUCAAAAUAUAUUCAUUUCAUUAAUGUAUUAAGGACCUGCAAGAUAAUGUGCUAAAACCAGAGCAGUUAUUUUUUGAUAGUUUAAAAAUAAUCGAGAGAAUUGUAAAUCGAGAUGUUCUGUCUACUUGAGUCGUGGAAAUUCUGUGCUACAAAGGGCCUUUUUUUUUUUUAAGAUUUUAUUUAUUCAUGACAAAUAGAGAGAGAGGCAGAGACACAGGCAGAGGGAGAAGCAGGCUCCAUGCAGGGAGCCCGACGUGGGAGUCGAUCCCGGGUCUCCAGGAUCACACGCCCGGCUGAAGGCGGUGCUGAACCGCUGAGCCACUGGGGCUGCCCCAAAGGGCCUUAUAAUUAGGUGAUCCUGUCCUUUUCUAGGGGAGAAAACAAAUCUAUAGGUAAAAUGACUUUUCUAACACAUACAGAGCCAGUUAGUAACAGAAUUCUGAGUAGAAUACAGUUCUUUUUUCUCUUAGCCUGUUGUUCUACUUCUCUUCCCUUUUUUCCCUUAUAGUUGAGCAGCUUUUGGAAAAAUGUGUUUCUUAUAGCAGUAGUUCCAAGGGAUGUUAUUAGAUGUUAUAAGAGACAAAAGUGUGCAUGGGGGAAGGGGACUCUGUGGUCAAUUAAAAUUGAGGAAUGCUGAGAUUGUUUCCUUUCUGUAGGACUUCUAAGAGUUUUUAGCGUGCUGUUACAUAUUGUGAAUUUAUGAGGGGACAAAGACUGUGUUUACUAGACUUAUUUGACCUUACACUGCAACCCCCCGUCCCCUGCCCCCAUCCUUUUAGUAGAGCUUCUCCAAGGACUAUUGGUCCUUUGGGAAACAUGGCUCUUGAGUAAGUUUACAGCUCUUUUAGGAGACAUCCUUAAUGGAAAUUCUGAAUGGUAAAUCUAUUACUACAGUACCACAUAAACUAUAAUAAAUCUCAAAGGUUAGUGAGAUACCAGAAAGAAAACAUAUUUGCCAUUCAGAGCUAUACGUAAAGUAUAGAGAUUCUUUUCCACCUAUGGUGUGUAAAAUCAGUAUUUGUGUUUAGUUCUGCAAGUUUUUCAAGGAUCUGUUAAUGUGCAAAUACAGUGGUGAUCUAUUGAUAAUACAUUUUAAUAAUGCCUUUGUAUGUCACUCUUUUGUUUUCAGACUGCUUUCAUAACAACCUUGUGAGAUAGGCAGGUGUUAAGUAUUAUCAAAUGAGGCACUGGAGGCUCAGAAAGGUUUUUUUGUGAUUUUUCCUGUAAGUUUAUACCAUAAAGUGAUGGAGCCAGAAUUCAGUUGCAGGACUUCUGACUCCAAGUCCAGAGUUCUUUACUCCACACCUGGUUUCUUAUUUUUCUUCUGGCUUUAUAUCUUACAAUUGAAAGGUGUGGAAGGCGAAUCUUAAAGUAGUAUCAUUUUGGCCUACUAUCAAAUCCUAUUUCUUUUUUAUUGCAGUGACCCAGAAAGUGUAACUCUCAUUAGAGCUAUCCCAAAGAAAACCUUUCUUUUGUCUUUUGCAGUGCCACUUGUUUGGGUGACUAAAUACGUUUCAAAUACCAUUUGAUUCGAAAACCAAGCUUGGAUACAUAGUUGUAAUUGCUUAUGUAACUUUUGGAAAAGAUAUCCUCUGCAUUCUCAGGCAAAGUAGAGCUGGUUUGAAAGCGAAAAAGUUUAUUCAAAUACAACAGUACAUAUUCUUUAUUCUCACACAGAUGCUACUUAGCUUUAACUUGCUUUGACAACCUUCUAAUGUAACCUCUUUGUAAAUGUGAAAUAUUUAUAUUUUGAAAUAAAAUUACUAGUGUUGAAUGAA